UGCUCUCCCAUCGAAGCGGUGGGCGCUGAGCGGCGUCGCCAGGCGGAGGCCGCCUUUGCUUCAGCUGUUGCCCGGGGAGGGGUCAACCCAGCGGCAAGGCUGCCCUGCCAGCUCUGGUGAUCGCGGGAGGCGGGCAAUUAAUUUCCCGGAGGCUGCCAAGAGCGAUCCGGGGCUGCUGGUGCAGCGACGAGCACAGCCCGUGGCUUCUUCCUCGCUUGGGCUUUCAGCCGCCUGCAGGAGGGAACACCAUGCCGAAGAGAAAGUCCCCAGAGGGUGCUGAAGCCAAGGAUGCAGCAAAAAUAACAAAACAAGAGCCAACAAGACGAUCUGCAAGAUUAUCAGCUAAACCUUCUCCACCAAAACCUGAGUCUAAACCGAGGAAAAGCGCUAAGAAGGAACCUGGAACAAAGGCUAAUAAAGGUUCUAAAGGGAAGAAGGAUGAAAAACAGGACGCUGCAAAGGAAGGUACUACACCAUCUGAAAAUGGUGAAAGUAAAGCUGAAGAGGUACUUUAUAUAUCCUGCUGAUUCAGUCAGUGUUUUACAAUUCAGUUUCUGAGCUGUUGAAAGCAUGUUCAUAAUACUUUUUUUGUUGCCCCCGCAAUGUUAUUACAGAUUCUCAUCUCUCGCUCAGCUGUUAGUGUUUCAACAUCCAGAGGUAUCCCACCCAGCACAUGUCAGUAAAAGGGCAGAUUGAAACAGUGAAAUUUUUAAGGGUACAGUAGAGCAAUCUGAAUAUGCAGUGAAUAGGAGCAGGUAGUAGUGUGGUGCUUUUCAUUGUGAACAAUGGAAGCUAGCAGGUAAGGUUUCUAUGGCUUUUACAAACCAGGAACCUGUAAAUGUAAGAAUAUUUAUAGUUGUCCUGUCUAUAAUACAAUAGUUGUAAAAUAACCUGUUUCGUCUGCUUCAAACCUUUGUAGCCAAAGAAACAUGGCGAGUGCUGAAAAGUUGUUUAGAGAAGAUGAAGUAGGGUUAGUCUUUCUUUAUAAAAGGCAGACUGGCAUAACAUUUUCCCUUUUCCCUUUUACAGGCACAGAAUUGAAUCAGUAGAUGACAGGUGCAUAUGAACUGACAUGAACAUUUGAGGAUGUUUUUAUGUACCUCUUGACAACUUUUAAAAGAUAUUUUUAUCAAGGAUUUUGUAAAUGCUAAUUUUUUAGGACUUACAAUAAGUUGAUAAACUAUAUAUGAACACUUCUUCCUUCUGUAUCAGUACUUCUAGAAAUUCCCAACGUUGUCAAGUUAAGGGGAAAAAAAGCAUCAUUAACACAACUUUUGGAAAACAAAAGUAUUUAUAAAAUUGAACAAGCAUUCCAUAUAUUUGCUUUUCAGAGGUGUAAGUCUUGGUGCAUAUAGUGACGUUUUUACUAUGGGUGUUAGAUAUUUUUUUGCCAUUUUCCCCCUAGAGCAAUAAUCUGUGGUGCUUUUGUAAUUAAGGAUUAAGUGUUUUUAAUGAAACAUGUAUACAUUUGGCUACCUGCUGCCCAUCUGGAUCCUUUUUGUUUUUUAAAAAUAACAAAGUGUCAAUGCUAACAAAUGAGGUUCAUCAGUACCUUUCUAAAUCAGAAAUAUGCCUUGUAAUGCUUGUCAGAAAAAUAUUAAGCACACUUGUUUAGAAAUUUUGAUAUACCAGUUGUUUCAGAAUCAAGAUUAUAGCUUGUAGAAAACGGGGCUUACAACAUAAUGCAAAAAAAUUGAUUGACUUUAUGUUUAGGAACAAGAGAUAAGAAUAUUUACAAUUCAUGCAUUUUAAGCAAACUAGCAGAGCUUUAAGAGGCAGCCACCCCCUUUGCAGAGCUAUUUGCCAAAUAUACCAGAACACCCAAAGCUUGGAUGCAAAACUAGAGUCUGAUGAGCGAUCUUACACACCUGGAUGGUUCACACAUCUUGAACGCCUUAUACUUUGUACAGAAAAACGUAAAUGGCCCAUGGAUUAUGUAACAAAUUAUUUUUUCAGCACUGUUUCAUGUUACAUUAUUGUAAGUGGAAAUUAGUUUAUGCUUUCUUGAAAGAACAGUUGUUUCACUUUUGUAUCUUUCUCUUAACUGUUUCCCAAUCCAUAUACAUAGAUAUUACUAUGAAAAAUGCAGUUCCUCUCAGCUUAACCUUUAGUAUUUUCUGUUGCUUUUUUGCAUUUACUUAAUUUUUUAAUAUCGAAAUGGAGAUUUAAAACACUGGGCAAUGAAGCAAUGAUAUAAAAAUAUCUUUGAAGGAGUCUAUAAUUGUAAUGAUGUUAAAAUAGGGAUUUUUUUUUCUAACUCAUAUUAAUACUGCUUUAGGCUCUUGUAAGCAUCUAGUUAUUUCUCUCUUCUUUUGGGCUGAAAUUUGAGUACUUUUAUUUUCUGAAGGUUUGGAAAAAUUUUCUUCAUAACAUUUUUAUUGCUGCACUUGUGGCCAUAAUGUUUGGAGUUAUAUGCAUGUUUCAACCAAUAAAGUAA